AUGUCCGUAAUCGAUAUUCUCGUUCGUGUCGACGAAAUUUGCCAGAAAUAUGACAAAUACGACAUCGAUAAGCAACGCGAGCUCAAUGCCUAUGGCGAUGACGUUUUCGCUCGCCUCUAUGCAGCAGUUGAAUCCAACAUUCAAGCCGCUCUCAAAAAAUCCGAGGCUGCUUCCACGGAGAACAACAGGGCAGUUGUUGCGGCUUUGAAUGCAGAGGUUCGUCGAACCAAAGGUAGACUCAUGGACGAAGUUCCUAAACUGCGCAAAUUGGCACACAAGAAGGUUAAAGGUGUCACAAAAGAGGACAUGGCCGUUCGUGAGGAUCUUGUUCUUGCAUUGCCAGAGAGAAUCCAAGCAAUACCAGAUGGUAGUUUCGGUGCUGCUAGUGAAACUGGAGGAUGGGCAGCUUCCUCGUCUUCUAAGAAUAUCAAGUUUGACUCAUCAGGGGAACGACUUGACAGUGAAUAUUUCCAUCAAAGUGAAGAAUCCAAUCAGUUCCGAAAUGAGUAUGAAAUGCGCAAGAUGAAACAGGAUGAAGGGCUUGAUAUUAUAUCAGAGGGAUUGGAUACCUUGAAGAAUCUGGCCCAUGAUAUGAAUGAGGAAAUGGAUAGGCAAGUUCCUUUAAUGGAUGAAAUUGAGACAAAGGUGGAUAGAGCAACAGCUGAUGUGAAAAACACCAACGUAAGGCUGAAGAAAACUCUCACACAGAUGAGGUCUAGUAGAAAUUUCUGCAUUGACAUCAUUCUGCUGUGUGUUAUUCUGGGAAUCGCUCUCUAUAUAUACAAGUAA